AUGCCUUCUAACGAUAUUUUGAAACCAACAGUUAGUGAGUUUAAUCGAAACCAAGGAUCCAGUUACAAAGUUAAAGCCAUACAUCCACCUACUGAGACGCCAUAUACAUUUGAAAACAUGCUUGGAUUAUUUACAACGGCUAGGCGUCCAUCGGCCUGGUGGGACCCACUCCCUACAACUAUGUCCUAUUACUGGGGCUCUGAUAAAAAUUAUGUGCAACAAAUAACAACAACACCUGCAUCGGAAUCGGAUCUAUUGGAAAGGUUACGGGCAUUGUACAAUUUAGAGAAAACAGCUAACGACCAGAAGGCAUUAACAAGUACCCAAACUGGUGUCCAGGCAAACUCAAUUUCAACUGUAACACCACAACAAAACGUAUUGGCAACAAAAACAUUGAACUAUGAUAAAGUAUCUUCCUCCACAAAUGACAAUAUUUUAUUGACUAAUAAUAAUAAUUGGGGCUCAUCGGAUUAUAACUCAGCUGUUUUGCAGUCACUAUCGACAGUGACUACAUCACCUGUACCAUAUACCACAACGUCUUUCGGACCUCCUCCUUCGCCUACAUUUGACCAAUUUCGUACAUUCAACCUAACAAACCAGAAAGAUCUUGAAGCCUGGUGGAAGAGCUUGUUUCCCACAACCGAGACGCCAGAAACAACGUCUCAGAGACCAGUUACAACGACAAUGAGACCAACACCAACGACCCUAAAGUCAGUGACAACAACACAGAUUCCAACAACAACGCACAGCCGAUCGACAGACGCACCAAUAACAACAACGACGACACAGAUUCCAACAACAACGCACAGCCGAACGACUGAUGCUACAAUUACAACGACAAUGAAACCAACACCAACGACCCUAAAGUCAACAACAACGACACAGAUUCCAACAACAACGCACAAGUUUUCGACAGACGCAACAAUCACAACAACAACGACACAGAUACCAACAACAACGCACAGCCGAAUGACUGUUGCAGUUACAACAACAACGACACAGAUACCAACAACAACGACAUUGGAAGUACCUUCAACCAAGCCAACUUCCAAAGCCUCCAUACCUCAGCCGUCGCAGCCGUCGGGGUUGACACUCAGUUCGGACCAGAUAUCGUUAUGGUGGAGGAUUGUGAACAAUCAACUUCCGGUAAGAACGACAACCCCUCCGCCUCCUACCACACUUAUCCCCACCACCCCCCAGACAGGGGGCGUGCACGGCUGCACGAAAAUAACAGAUUUUGCAGACAUUUGUUUGACGCAGUCCGGUCGCUUUCGGAACCCGAGUAACUGCAAGUCUUUUUAUGUCUGUGACUGGGGCACACUCCACGCCUGCCUCUGCCCACAGGGAACGCUGUUUGACGAGAGGAUCGGAGUGUGUAACUGGGACACACUUGUACUGUGCUGA